AUGCAGAAACGACCACCACUUCUACGACAACUACUACCACAGUUACGAGUACCACUUCCAGUACUACUAGCACAUCCACAACGACAACAGCAACGACAACGACAACUACAACGACAACAACCACAACCGGUAUAAAUAACUUAUCAAAGAAUUUUCUAGAUAAUGCAGAAAGCAAAUAUGAAAUCAUAAUUACAAUUUUUUGCCAAAAACUUCACUAAAUUGUUUUGCUAAACGUCACAGAAACAUAUUAAUGUGCAAAAAGCAAGUAUCCCAUGAACCUCGAAUUCUAAUUCUUCCCUCUCAAACCAUUGUUCUGUUUCUGCACGAGCGAAUCCUCCUAUCACUCAUUGAUGAGAUGAUUCACGAUAAUCAGUAGCAUGAAACCAUACUUCCUGAAUAUCGAAAAACCUGAAUAGAUUUUUUAUGGUUUUGAUAGCAGGUGAUGUUCAUUGGCUAUCAAUUCGUUUGACCUUAUACUACUAACUGAAUAAAUACAUAGAUUUUGGUUUGUAUAACUACAGAGAUGGAAAAGCCAAUAGCAAACCAAAAUGAUAUGAUAAAUAUUCCUUCGACCAAGGUUAGGAAUGGAACGAAAGAUUCCAAUUAAUUUUUCUACUCUAUACUUCAAUAGUCAUUAAUGAUCGUGCUUCACAAAAUUAUAUCUAUCUGUUUAAACUUAAGGAAGCCUUUUGUUGACCCAAAAUUGUCACUUUUUUCUUUUUUUGACUUUUUAAUGCUGGGUGUAUAAACUUAAAUGCCCUCUAUCUAAUGAGCACAUUUUAAGAAGGUAAAACCACCUUUCUUCAUGUAGGAACUCGAAAAUACCCAUUUUAUGCUAAAAAAAGUCAGAAACUGCAAUUUUUUGAUUUUGUCAAAAUCAGAUUUUCAAACAAAACCUUGAAGUUUUCCUCCUUUUUCUCCUACAUGAUACAAUCGAUUGGGCUCAAACUUUUAUUUUUAUCAGUACUUCGAUCAAAUCGGGGUGCGUGGUUUUUCCUCUUUUGAAAACAGUAUACCUUUGAGGUUCGACAGAUAUUACAAAUUUAUCACCAUUCGAAAAAAAUCUUUUCUUAAUGAUUUUUUGAUAGUGCCUCGAGUGUUUUGCUUCAUUUGAGCUUCAGGAUCAAUAUUUUUCAAAGAAAACAAACACUCAUCCAGAUUUGUUUCAAGUUGCCACACAAAAAAAUUUUAGCCCUAAAAAGCAUAGUGUGGAUAUUUGCGGAGAUGGGGAAACAUCAGGUCAUUUGUGAUUCUUCAUCUCUCAAGAUCUUCGAAAAGAAAGCUGUUGAGAACUUUGAGUCUAUGACAACUUUUAUUCUAUUCAGCGAGAUCUAUCUACCUUGAGAGUUUCAAAACUUUUCGUCCAGCCGUUCUCGAGAAACCUUGGAAGGGAAGGUCUCCUUAAGCUUUACAUUACUAGAGAAGUUCUACUGGAAAAAACAUUACUCACAACUGAUUUCCAAUUUAAAUAAUGUGGAAAAAAAUUAAAAAGACUGAUUAUCAAGUGAAUUUUCAGAAAACAACUAUUUACCGUCCGUUUUUUUCUUUUAUUUGAGCUCCACCAUCAACUGCUUGCGUUAAUACUAUCAACGCAAUCUUCUAUAACAAUCAAUUCCUCUAUUCACCUACUUCACGAAUCUAUGCAGCUGGCAUGUUAAAUAAUCAAUUUGGUAUAUAUAGAGCAUACGGUUAUGGAAAUGUCACUUCGACAACAAUUUGGACAGCAAGCCAAAGCUCAACAUCCCAAACAGCCUUUCUUGCGUUACAAACAGAUCGUAAUCUGGUUGUUUAUGCCACGGCUGGUGGUGUGCUGUGGGCAGCUAAUAUCCACAACGGUGGUGUUGGACGUCCAUUUUGCUUCCAGAUGCUAGAUUCAGGAAAUCUGAUAUGGACUGAUAAUUCUUCAACGAUCAUUUGGCAAACAAAUACUGUACAGAGUGGAUAACUUCUUCCUAUUCUAUCUUUCUACAAAAUGAAUCUAACGAACUGAAGACAAUCUUCGAUGCCAUUUUGCUGACACGCGAUGGAAAUAUAAGUUGUUCAUGUAAAGUUAGUAAACCUAAUUCUGUCGGAGAAAAGCACAUCUUUCAUAAAUCUUUUAUAACUCAAGUUUUCGACAUCGUACAAGACUGAAUUUUAAUUUCCAAAGUAGAGUAAGCAUUUCUCUAUCAAUUGAUAUGCGG